CGCGACCAUUGACGGUGUGGAAGUGUGACAAUACGGAAAACGGGACUUUUUGUUGUUAUCAUGAACAAGAUACGUAGUCUCGAGAGAACGUUAACGCAUUUACGAUCUCUCGGCGUUUUGAGAGCGAGUUCCUCGUCCACGAGAUGUUUUAGCACGAGUAAAGAUUCAGAGGAACAAAGCAAGGAUUCGCUUUCGUCUGUGGAGCCUAAUAUCGAGAAGGAACCAGCAACACAAGUAAAUGAGAAUGUAGAAGCAACUCAGGAAUCUCAAGCAAAAUUGAGCGGUUUUGCACGAAGUUACGAAAAAUUCUCGCACAUUGACGAUAAGAAACCAGAAACGCCACAGACAUUCGUUUCCUUAAUUCGUAACUCCAAAUUUGUCGAUUUGGGUGAUCCCGAAGGAAAAGUCGUAAUUGGUGAGAUAUAUCAUGUGGUUGGUGAUGAUCUGUAUAUUGAUUUUGGAUGGAAGUUUCCCUGCGUUUGUCAGAGACCUGUCAAGAAUGGACAAUACUAUGUGAGAGGAUCUAAGGUUCGAUUAAGGAUAAAGGAUUUGGAACUUUCCUCCAAGUUCUUAGGUGCUGAAACGGAUGUAACUCUUCUGGAAGCUGAUUGCACUUUAAUCGGCCUAAUAUCGUCACCUUUGCAAGUGGCAGAACAAAGAACGAAAACAACCAGAAGGCCGAGAAUACGAGAUAUUUUAUAA